AUGUACGACGUUAUGUUGGACGAGGCCAAGAUGUGGCAUGGCGAGCCUCCGCAGCGUAAGCGGAAGCUCGAAACUCCGGUCUAUUCUCCACCUUCACCAGUAGACGAAUAUUCCGACGACGAAGACGAUGAGGUUGAUCCGGUGGCAGAGGAGAAGUAUCAUCGACAAGUGAUGGAGUCCGAUGUCGGACUCCAUUGUUACAACAUUGACAAGGGGACAAACUUGGAGUUUAUUAUGGUGAAGAAAGUCAAUGCAGAAAUCGGAUCCCUUUUCAACUUCUACAUCACAUUGGAGGCCAUGGAUCCUUGUGCCAAGAACUCAGUUGUUACAUUCCAGACCAGUGUCACCGAUGCUAUGCUCAAGAACAAAGCACGUUUGAGAACGUUCACAAAUAUUUGCAGGAUAAAGCCUCAAGCACCAGGAACUGGAGAAGAAGUUUGGCGAUGGUACCCAGAUGUUGAUGUUGUAGAUGACUACUACAAAGGAGAUUUGCCUGACUGGCUACAAGACGGUGCGCUUGCGGGAGAAGAGAAGCUACAGUUGUAUGAGGUGAAGGAAUGGGAGUUGCGGGACAACAACACAUGGCUUCAACUAUAUGCUGAAUUUGCUUUGUUUUCCGCGUGGGGCACUAACCUGAGCGCUUAUUUGCCAUUUGAGAUAAAGUCAGUAGUGGUGCGAACAAGGGAGAAUGUAGCCUCAAGCAUGAAGCUGAAAUCGAGGAACGCAAUCUUCUACAUGAGUUUCACGGCCCGUGGUGGUCCAGAGUGUAGGGGUAUAAUCAGAAGAACCAGUGACGGAAGACCGGGACACUUGUUCCUUGAAGCUAUGUGUUGGAUCAAGAAGUAG